CUCCCCUUCUUCCACUGUGAUUCAGGGCUGUCCCAACAACAAGAGCCCACCUCUCGCAGCACAGCGCACGGACAUUCCGUACGUGGAGGCAGAAACGCUGAAGGCUUUGCACAUAGAAACGUUAUUCAGUGCGCCUUUGCCCCGCCGCGGGCUGAUCGGGGAAUGAUGUGGGUUUGGUACUUUCUGCUCGGUUCGGGAACGGGCUCAGGAUCAGUCGAUUGCCAGCUUUCUCCUGGAAAUAACUUUACGACAGAGUGCAACAUUCCUGGAAACUUUAUGUGUGGGGAUGGCGAAUGUAUUCCUGGAGAUAGGCAGUGUGACAACUCUCCGGACUGCUCUGACAAGAGUGACGAGAAGGGUUGCCUGAAGUCAAAGUGUGGACCCACAUUCUUUGCUUGUGCAAACGGGGUCCACUGCAUUAUUGGCCGCUUCCAGUGUAAUGGCUUCAGGGACUGCCCUGAUGGCAGCGAUGAAGACAACUGCACUGCUAACCCUCUGGUGUGUUCAUCCGCACGCUUCCACUGUCAUAAUGGACGGUGUGUAGAUCGCAGUUUUCUCUGCAAUGGAGAGGAUAACUGUCAAGAUAACAGUGAUGAAGAGAACUGCCUUACAACAGCAGAAUACCCAGGACAGGACGUUGUGACUCUGGACUAUCGACUACACUAUUACCCCAGUAUCAUGUAUGCAGUUAUUGGCAGUGCCGUCAUCUUUGUCCUGGUAGUGGCACUGCUGGCUCUUGUCCUGCACCAUCAGAGAAAGCGAAGUGUCCUGCUGCCACAGGGGGUCUACAGAGGCGCCUGCCACCAACCUCUCCUGCUGUCCCGGCUUGUCAUAGUGGACAGAGGACAUGUCCGUCCUGGAGGCCAUGGCCUUUCACCCCAAUAUCCGCCCCCAUCAGAGACAUUCAGCUCAGUCCAUAGUCUCCAGCUGCUCUCUCAUUCACAAUAUCCUAGAACUGCCAUAGACUUGCCACCAACAUACUCGCAGGCUGUGCUGGAUGUUGGCCGACCCUCAUGGUUUGACCUCCCACCUCCUCCUUACCCUCCAGAGACUGAAGCUCAAUCUGAGUCAGAACCACCUGUCUAUGAAGAGCCAGUGGAAUCCACAGAAUCAGCCAUAGCUGUACCAUCUCAAACCCGGACCAACAACUCCAGCACUGACUCCAGCUGUGCAGAGGAGUCUCAGCAGCCACCACUGUAAAUCCAGAGGAUGCGGACUGCUUGUACAUUAUGCAAAAACUGUGCAGAGUGUUCAGAAAGACAAGCAUUGAUGACGGCGAAGGUUGCAGGAUUCACAAAGCACUUGUAUGGCAUGUUAGUGGCACCAUCUGGUGGCCAAUUAACUGCAUUACUCUUCUCAAAACCAAUGCUGUUGGCAGUAAAAAAAAAAGCUACAGAUGGUACUCAUCCAUCUUUUUACUACUGCUGCAAUGUACAAAUGAUACUCUUGACCAGAGUAAUGGUAUAAGGCUUUCACUUUGUGAAAGCUAAAGCAGCUAAUCAUUCCCAUGAGUGGCAGUUUGAGUUACAGAGAAGUGUUCAACAUUUUUCAUAAAGUGUAAAGGACAGUUGUUAUUCUAUUUAAUUAUUGCCUGUGUACAUAGAGAUCAGUGUUAGCAUUCCCCGUGAGUCUGAUGUAAAUUUAGGAAUGCAGAAACUGUUUUUGUGAAGAGGGCCUCUGUGCCAUUUCUUUGUUUAUGAACAUGUUUGAAGUGGACUAAUACUUCAAGCAUUUUAUGCUCUAAUUCUGUGUUAUGCUCUUCACAUACAGCACUGUUAUAUGUAAUGACUGCUCUCUUCUGUCUCUGCUCCAGACAGAUUUACAAUGAACCUGCAGCUCUUUCUAAACAACCUGAUUAUUAUAGAUUAAUAAAAAAAAAAAAAAAACUUUUCUACAUAUGUCUGGCAAUAUGGCACAACACCAGGAUGACCGAAUUAACCUUUUUUUGUUUAACCUUUGCAGCAGCAGCAGCAGUCAACUGAAACAAACCAUCCAAAACAAUACAUAAAUGAGUUGGAUUUCCCAACUUAUUAUUAUUAUUUUUUUCUUCACAUUGAGCACAUUGGUUCUCAAACUUUUCAGGCAAAGUAUGGCCUUCAAAUCAGAGUGCCAAAGUACCACCUAAUCUCCAGGUUUAAACGCAAGCUUAAGGACAUCCACCAGUAAACAUCCACCAGAUUUUGAUUAAUUUCAGUAACACAUUAGUUCAGAUAGAUUGAGUGUGAACAGAUAAACAUUAUUUUACAAUCCAACACUGCAAUCCAAUUUAAACACACUAAUAUCCAAUAAAUAAAUGUAUUUAUAAAUUUGGACCAUUUUCGUGUAUCCCACUUGUAAACAAACUAUCAGCUUUAUACGUCUUACAGAUGCAUAAAUAUGUUCAAAUUUUAAUCAGAUUUUCUAAAUAACAUAGAAAAUAACAAUUUGAAUAAAAUAAUCUCAAAUGAAAUGUAUAAUAGUUUAAUAGUCAUCUUGCGUACCUUUCUCUGUGUUAAAGUUGCUUAUGAUCAGUUCAGAUUUAAAUAUUUAACCAGACAACAGUAGACUGAUCAUGAAUUGAAAAAACAAAUUUCACUUGAUCUUUGACACAUAAAAUUAAUUGUACUGAGCAUACUGUACGUUUCAGAACUCAAAGCAUCUUUGUUAUUCCAAUAACAUCUUUUAUAGAAACUGAGCUGCCAGAAUGACUCACUUUAUAUUUCCUUGUCUUUAUGAUGUAAUAGUGAUGAAUACAUCAACACAGAAACACAUCCACACCUACUUCUCCAAGAGGUCUGAGUGGGGACGGUCUCCCACAGACCAUUAUAAACCUCUACUCACCCUUUUGACACUGGUCAACCGGUGUGUAUGACACCUUCUUCGACAUCAAAGGCCCUGUUUACACCUAGUAUUUACAGUGUUGAGUACAUUACUUUAAAAAAGUAAUUAGUUAUAGUUACUAGUUACUUCUCACAAAUAGUAACUGAGUCACAUCAUUAUAAAAGUAACUAAUUACCAGGGAAAGGAACUAUUGCGUUAUUUAAAAAAAAAAAAAAAAAAAAAAAAACUUUGACCACUUCAUUAAGUUUUGUUUUGUAGAAAGCCUUUCUUUAAAGUGAAUUUCGUUUUGUAAAAAUUGUAUCUUCAUUUUAAUCAAUAUUUCAUCAACCAAUUGCCUGGAUUUAAUAAAUAAGAAGCAGACAAUAUAAUCAUGA